AUGAAGAGAACAGGGGGGGAUAGCAGGAGGGAUGAAGAGAACAGGGGGGAUAGCAGGAGGGAUGAAGAGAACAGGGGGGAUAGCAGCAGGAGGGAUGAAGAGAACAAGGGGGAUAGUAGCAGAAGGGAUGCAGAGAACAAGGGGGAUAGCAGGAGGGAUGAAGAGAACAAGGGGGAUAUUAGCAGGAGGGAUGAAGAGAACAAGGGGGAUAGCAGGAGGGAUGAAGAGAACAAGGGGGAUAGUAGCAGGAGGGAUGAAGAGAACAAGGGGGAUAGUAGCAGGAGGGAUGAAGAGAACAAGGGGGAUAGUAGCAGGAGGGAUGAAGAGAACAGGGGGGAUAGCAGGAGGGAUGAAGAGAACAAGGGGGAUAUUAGCAGGAGGGAUGAAGAGAACAGGGGGGAUAGCAGGAGGGAUGAAGAGAACAAGGGGGAUAGCAGGAGGGAUGAAGAGAACAAGGGGAAUAGUAGCAGGAGGGAUGAAGAGAACAAGGGGGAUAGUAGCAGGAGGGCUGAAGAGAACAAGGUGGAUAGCAGAAGGGCUGAAGAGAACAAGGGGGAUAGUAGCAGGAGGGAUGAAGAGAACAAGGGGGAUAGUAGCAGGAGGGAUGAAGUGAACAAGGGGGAUAGCAGCAGGAGGGAUGAAGAGAACAAGGGGGAUAGCAGCAGGAGGGAUGAAGAGAACAAGGGGGAUAGUAGCAGGAGGGAUGAAGAGAACAAGGGGGAUAGCAGCAGGAGGGAUGAAGAGAACAAGGGGGAUAGUAGCAGGAGGGAUGAAGAGAACAAGGGGGAUAGUAGCAGGAGGGAUGAAGAGAACAAGGGGGAUUGUAGCAGGAGGGAUGAAGAGAACAAGGGGGAUAGCAGCAGGGAUGAAGAGAACAAGGGGGAUAGUAGCAGGAGGGAUGAAGAGAACAAGGGGGAUAGUAGCAGGAGGGAUGAAGAGAACAGGGGGGAUAGUAGCAGGAGGGAUGAAGAGAACAAGGGGGAUAGUAGCAGGAGGGAUGAAGAGAACAGGGGGGAUAGCAGGAGGGAUGAAGAGAACAAGGGGGAUAGUAGCAGGAGGGAUGAAGAGAACAAGGGGCAUAGUAGCAGGAGGGAUGAAGAGAACAAGGGGGAUAGCAGGAGGGAUGAAGAGAACAAGGGGGAUAGCAGGAGGGAUGAAGAGAACAAGGGGGAUAGUAGCAGGAGGGAUGAAGAGAACAGGGGGGAUAGCAGGAGGGAUGAAGAGAACAAGGGGGAUAGCAGGAGGGAUGAAGAGAACAAGGGGAAUAGUAGCAGGAGGGAUGAAGAGAACAAGGGGGAUAGUAGCAGGAGGGCUGAAGAGAACAAGGUGGAUAGCAGAAGGGCUGAAGAGAACAAGGGGGAUAGUAGCAGGAGGGAUGAAGAGAACAAGGGGGAUAGUAGCAGGAGGGAUGAAGAGAACAAGGGGGAUAGCAGGAGGGAUGAAGAGAACAGGUAG